CAGGAUACAUUCUCCCACUACCCUGCCCGGAAAAAUCGACUGCAUUGUCUUUGCUGAACGGGUGGACAAAGAAGCAAGCCAUAUAUGAAAACUAAUUGCACGCGUGGGUAAGCAUAUAUUGGCUAUCAAGAAAGAAUACACGCUUUAAACUAUGCGUGGAUGGAAUUCAUUCAAACGAAAAGGGAAGUUAACGACCAACAUUAUCAAGGAGAGCAACCUUGAUUUCUUAUCAUAAAAUAAAAUACAUACGAGUUAACUAUUCUAGGCUAUUGUAGUCGUCGACCUUCACGACCAUCUCAGACUUUUAGAUACGCAGAAUAGCAGAAACCGCGUGGCUGAAUUUAAAACCAACCCCAAUGCGUUUAUUCCAUACCCGUGUCUGUUCAACAACACUAGCUGCCUACCCAUUGCUUCAAAGGAUCCUUAACUGCAUGGCUUUCUACCUCCAUCAUUCAUAAUGACAAUAUUGGUACAUGCAUAUUGCACUAUAUGAAUAUACCUCUGAUACAGUCCAACGUUUCUUAUUCAAUUCAAGGCUAAUUUGACUGAGGCUACACUGACACGUUCGUUGGACGACAGCUCUGGAUUUCAGAUUCGGUUUUCAGUUUGUAUAUCUUUUUCUGUCUCAAUUGGAUCGUAUUGGGAUUAAGGUGGUUUUAACCCGAAGCAGAUGGUUUAAGAAAGGACUACCCCUACCAAUUUGGUGACCAAUUUCUGAAGUAAAAGUCAACCCGUUGUUGGUUACUACCUUUACUACCUCUCUCGUCAAUUUCACUCCUCUUCGAUUAGAAAUGCUUCAGUAAGACAAUGUUUGAACAGUGGAAAUAACGCCCAUGUGUCUACCCCUAAACAUCCACGGCGAAUCCUAUUAACGACAACGGUAAAGCCUGCUUUCAAGUCAUCAUUGAGAGAAGCAUUUGAGAAGAGACUACAAAUACUGGUAGGCUAGCUGUGUAACGAUGUUCUUCAUCUGAGGAGGAGUAUGAAACAUCGGACCAAAACGUAGCGUGGCCUCUAGGUGUUUCUCUCUAAUGCCAGUGGGUGUCGUUCUACUCUCAGAGCUGUGACUGACUGACUGCAAGAGAGACGGGAUGCCUAUACUCAUGUGAUUUCUGCCAUGGAGACCAGAGCUUAAUAUCUGGAUCUGGAACCUGAUAGACAGACAGACCAUGGAGCGUCUGGUUUUGUGUGUGCUGCUGUGUGUACUGCUGUGUGCGGUGCUGGUGAAGGGCUACAACUGCCCCGGCCGCUGCAUCUGCCAGCACCUCUCCCCCACUCUGACUCUGCUCUGCGCUAAGACCGGUCUGUUGUUUGUGCCUCCAACCAUCGACCGCAAGACCGUAGAGCUGCGUCUCACAGACAACUUCAUCACCAUUAUCCGCAGGAAAGACUUUUUCAACAUGACCAGCCUGGUUCACCUCACCCUGUCCCGUAACACCAUCAGCCAGAUCACGCCCAACGCCUUCCUGGGCCUGCGCUCUCUACGAGCCCUCCACAUGGAUGGCAACCGCCUCAGUGUCAUCAAGAGCGACCACUUCAAAGGCCUGGUCAACCUCCGCCACCUCAUACUGGGGAACAACCAGAUCCACCAUGUGGCCCCUACCUCCUUUGAUGAGUUUGUGUCGACCAUCGAGGACUUGGAUCUGUCCAACAACAACCUGAGGACCCUGCCCUGGGAGGAGAUAGGCAGGAUGAGCCACAUCAACACCCUCACCCUUGAUCACAACCUGAUUGAUCACAUUGGAGCUGGGACUUUCACGCUCCUCACCAAGCUGGUUCGUCUGGAUAUGACCUCCAACCGGCUGCAGAAGCUACCACCGGACAGCCUGUUUCAGCACGCCCAGGUGCUGUCAGAUGCCAAGGGUUCCAACCCGUCUUCCCUGGCGGUGAGCUUCGGGGGAAACCCUCUCCACUGUAACUGCGAGCUGCUGUGGCUCCGCAGACUGACCCGGGAGGACGACCUGGAGACCUGCGCCUCCCCAGAGCAUCUCAUGGAUAAGUACUUCUGGUCCAUCCAGGAGGAGGAGUUCAUCUGCGAGCCCCCGCUCAUCACCAAACACAUAUCCACCAAGCCCUAUGUCAUGGAGGGUCAGGGGGUCACCCUCAAGUGCAAGGCCAUGGGAGACCCGGACCCAGCCAUCCACUGGCGCUUCCCUGACGGUAAGCUGGUGCACAACAACUCCCGCACUAUCCUGUAUGACAACGGUACCUUGGACAUCCUCAUCACCACCUUAAAGGACAGUGGUGCCUUCAACUGUGUGGCCUCUAAUGCUGCCGGCAUCGCCACAGCUGCUGUGGAGAUCAACAUGAUCCCUCUGCCAUUGCUCGUCAACAACACAUUGCACCACAUGCGCGAGGCCGAUCGGGGCCUCUCUGACAUCACCACCUCCUCCAAGUCAGGCAACGACACCAAGGGCCAUGACAAGCACCAGGACAAGAGAGUGGUGGUGGCCGAGCUGACCUCCUCCUCGGCUGUGAUUCGUUGGCCCUCCGAGCGCCACAUCCCAGGCAUCAGGAUGUACCAGAUCCAGUACAACAGCACUGCAGACGACACACUGGUUUACAGAAUGAUCCCGUCCACCAGUAAGACCUUCCUGAUCAACGACCUGGCGGCGGGCCGGGAGUAUGACCUGUGUGUCCUGGCGGUGUACGACGACGGCAUCACCUCUCUGACGGCCACGCGCGUGGUGGGCUGUGUCCAGUUCCACACGGCCAGCGAGGUCAGCCAGUGUCGCUUCAUCCACAGCCAGUUUUUGGGUGGCACCAUGAUAAUUAUCAUUGGCGGCAUCAUUGUGGCCUCAGUGCUGGUGUUUAUCAUCAUCCUCAUGAUCCGUUACAAAGCCCACAGCAGCCCCGAGGACAGCAAGGCCAAGGUCAGCUCCAGCAUGCACUCCCAGACCAACGGCAGCCAACACAGACUCCAGCGCUCCACCUCCAAGCAACCUGCUGAGGACAGCCACCAGAGAGAAGCCCUACCGGUGGCAGCCAAGGAGUGCAUGGCCCUGGUGCUGAAGGUGGACAGUGACAAGAGGGAGUGGGACACCCCUCCAACCACUAUGGCCAUCCUGGAAGUGGAGCUGCCCCCCUUGCCCACGGACAAGAUGAAGAGGACCAGCCUGGACGUCCAGUGCUCCGGAUCUGGCCCCCCAUCGGAGGAUACACAGACAGACAGCAGCCUGACGGGCUCCACCAUGUCCUUGUGUCUCCUAGGCCCCAACGCCGGCACCAAGGAGGCCCCCAGGCUCAAGGACAAGAAGAGCGCCCUGGCCAACAUGGGGUUUAAUAAUGAGCUGGCACGAACUAGGCACAGGUUCAGCUUUGAUGGGGGAGACUACUCCAUAUUUCAGAGCCACAGUUACCCCCGCAGAGCGCGGACGAGGCGGCACAAGUCCACCAACCAGCUCAACGUGGAGUCCUCACCACUCGCCAACCGGAGAGUCACUUUCAGCAGUACUGAAUGGAUGCUGGAGAGCACAGUGUAAGAGAUGUAACCUGGCCUCUCUGGCUUGCUGUCACACACAUACACACAGACACACACCAACAGUUUGACACAUACACAUUUACACAUCUAGCAAAUAAAGUUACAUGCAUACACACACAGACUCUCAGAGAGAGUUGCUGGAGAAGAACAUAGUCUCCUUUCAUCCUGCCUCCCCUCAUAUUCCCAGAGAGACAGAGAGUUGUUGGUCAUUUCAUUAUUUUAUGCAGCAGUGCCUUAUUCUAAAAUAUGUACAAAUGGAGGAUGCUGCUCACUGUAGUCAUAAACCUUACUUUCUAUCAUGGUUUCCCCCUGUUUCAUGGGGAGUGUUGCUUAGAUGUUUUGACAUGCCAGGGGGUGGGGCAAAUGUGACAGUUUUCCAUUUAAUGUUAAAAAACAAACAUCACAGUGUAAAGUGAACAACCAGGUAUCCUGUAUGUUGAUCAUCCUUUGGGUUCUUUCAAAGACUUUUGCACACGAAGACACGACGAUACGAGGACAAGUAUCACACCAGUCUAUACAGUAAUAAAAAGAUUAUAGAACUAUACACAUGCCGAUUUCAAAUGUUAGCAUAGAGAGGAUGGACCUGAAAAACCUGUGGACUCCUCAAUGCUGGUUGGACUCAAUGAUAUUACUAGGUAUUGUUCCUGAUGUGACUGUAUGAUAUUAAUCGGUAUUGUAUCUGGCUGGUCUAGAUAAAAAGUUAACUAAAAAUACAUAUAGAAGUAUAUUAAAAACAUUGGUGUAUGUGUACUAUGUAAGUAAGUCAUAUGUCACAACUUUUUACUGAGCAUUUGAGUGUUGGCCACAAGUUCUUACAUUAAAAACCUGUGUCAUCACACUUCUCCCUAUUUAGUAUGACAAGGUUUGGACCACUUAUCCCUCAUGAGAGGAUAUUAAAUUUUUUGUGUGGGUUAACUGUA